CAAAGGUACCGGACGAGAGGAAUCCGGCAGCCAGCGCACGGACGACCAACAGGGGGGGGUAAUUUAGACUUGGCCCUCUUCUUGCCGCUUCCGAAGCAAGCUUUCGUUGUUUGGUUGCGGCCCUCGACCAUAUCAUCAUGUCUGGGCUCUCCGGAGGAGGGAACAGCGGCGGCGGAAUGAGCGCGACGUUGAACAGCCUGCUGGAGAAGACGAGCAACUGGGACAAGGACGAGCGGUACAUGGCCACGAACGACCUGUGCAAUGAGCUGCAGAAGGAUAUCAAGAUCGACGCCACCAUGGAGAGGCGUAUCUGUACCGCUGUGCUGAAGCAGCUGGAUGACAACAGCAACGACGUGCAGACCAUUGCCGUCAAGUGCCUUGGCGCUCUGCUGCGCAAGGUUCAAGAGGCCCAGGUGGGAGAGAUCUGCGACAAGCUGUGUGACCUCAUCCUCGACGGCAAGGCGGAGCUCCGGGAUAUCUACUCGAUAGGUGCGGCGUGAUGGGAUGCUUCUUAUGGCACACGGCGUUCUCAUGCUGCGGAGCGGCCUUACGCUCGGCGAUACGCGCAACGCAUGAAAUGCCAUGGACACAUCUGCUGCUGCUUGCUACUGCUAUUGAAUGGUGUGAUUGAGUGGCGCUGCCUGUUUGCCGCUGCGGCCGAGGUACAGUACGAGGGUGUAACGAAAUGAGCGAAUGGCGGGGUGUCGUCCACGCGUGCCAU